AUGAAAGGAAGAAACACUCUUCCCACAAGGAUUGUCGUUCUCAAGCCAAACCUUGGAAAGAUUCAGAGUGCUUGUGCAUCUGUCUCAUCACCUGGUUACUCACAUAAUUACCCCUCCAACUUUAGGAAGCUCACAGAAUAUAAAAGUUUAGGAGGUGCCGAAAUAGUAUCCAGGAGCAGGAGAGAUUCAUCUGACGACGUAGGAUCCUUGAACCCCUUGUCAAGAGAUGCUAGGGAAAUUGCUAGAGAAAUUUCAAGGAGAAUGAGGGAUGGUUGUGAUGGAUUCAUUGAUCCAACAUCUUCUGGAGUCAGAGGAUAUGCAGGAGACGAGAGUUCUUAUGAUGCUUAUGAAAGUGAUUCUGCCAGUGAGUCCGAGGUUUUUAAAUUGUCAUCUGUAAAUAGAGAGGCAAAAAAGAGACUGUCUGCCAGGUGGAAGACGACUCAUAGAUGUCAGGAUUUGGAAAUGGUUGGUCAUGCUAGCACACUGGGUGAAAUGCUUGCCAAACCUGAUAGAGAAACAAAGCCUAAAUAUUUGAAUGCUAAUGUAGGUCUCGAUAGGACAAGUGAUCGGCAUAUGAGCAACAAUGGAACUGCAAUUUGGGAUUUUCCUUUGCGCAUUAGCAAUACGGAUGGUUGGAAGGAUGAGCGUAAUAGAAUUUCAUCAAGAUCGAGGUCUCUUUCUCCCUCUUUUGUGAGUGGCAAAACUCACAGAAGAAGAAUGAACUCUGUAACUCUGGCUGAAGACCAAUAUCUAAUGCAUAAUGACACUGUCAAUUGUGGUAGAAGUGAGUCUGUGAAGGGAAACCUAAGUUGGAAGGAAGAUAUUUCCUCUAAAGAUAUAAAAUGCAGGAGCAAGAAACCUUUCUGUCAUCACAAAUUUACCGACGAAAGAGACUCUUCAACAGAAUCCAAUUUUGAGAUCCAAACAGAGAUGAACCUUGAAACAAACCCAAGUGAACAGCAGUCCACAUCUCAGAUCACUGCAAAAGAUGGCACCUGUACAACUCCCAUUCCUGAUGCAAAGGCUGCUGCUAAACAUGGGGUUGUAACCUCAUCUUCAAAAUCUUCUGAGUUGCAAUUGAAGCAAUCAUAUUCGGAGGUAGAAAAGGACAAAAAUACUGCUUCUCACAAAGAGGAUUCUAGUUUCCAGGAACCGUUGGAGGGACUACCCGAACAAGCUUCUGCUUCCAUGCAGUUUCCAGGAGCUGAGCCAGAUUCUUCAGAGAGCUCCAAGAAUGCUGAUUAUCAUAGUCCAGUUUCAGUCCUGGAGGUCCCUUUCACAGAAGAUAUAUCAUCUAGUUCUGAAAGCUUUGAAAGAGUCAGUGCUGAACUUCAUGAAUUGCGAAUGCAGCUGCAGCUCCUCAAGAUGGAAUCAGGACCAUAUGCCGCCCCUGCACGUAUUUCAAGCGAGGAAGAUGUAGCACAACAUUCAUUGGUGGACUUGGAACAAAACCAUAAAUUAGAAGCCAAAGACUGGGAAGCUUCUUAUGUUCUUGAUGUGCUGAUCAACUCGGGUUUUGAAGAAUCUCAACUCGAUUUGUUUAGAACAACAUGGCACUCCCCAGAAUGUCCUUUGCAUCCUGACUUGUUUGAUAACCUUGAGAAGAAAUAUAGUCAUGAGAAUUUGGAGUCGAGGUCUGAAAGAAGGUUGCUGCUUGACAGAAUAAAUUCAGUAUUUGUAGACGUUUAUCAGCAGCUUAUUGACUCGUUCCCAUGGGUUAUGCCGAAACUAACGGGAGUUGAUUUGAAGGGGCCAAAGCAAGUGAUCAGAGAUAGUCUCCAGAAGUUGCUUUCCGGCCAAGAUUUUCAAGCCGAAGGGGAGACACCGGAAAGUAUACUUGACAGGGAUAUGCAGUGGUUUGGAUUCAAAGGAGAAAUUGACGUGAUAGGCAAUGAAAUUGAGAAAUUGUUGAUAGAUGACAUGAUAGCAGAGGUUCAAACUUCGUAA